AUGUAUCAGAUUCAACCCAUUUUCAUCACACUACUCGGUACAAUGUUGAUUACUCUAGAAUGCGUUCUACUUGCGUUACAAGCGGUUGCUGCAGUUCGACUUGCAUUACAUCCACCAGUUGGAAUUGUCAGUCAAUCGAACAAUAGGCUGUCAAAACGAUCAUCCGUUGUGUUGGGUGGUGAUAUCACAAAAUGCUACACAAUGAAAGUCAAUGUUCAUGGAAUCAAUUUGGAUUUACGAGUCGAUUCAUCAGUUUCCAGUAUAAUGGUACCACUUCCUAGUUCAAGCAACGAUCUAGGUUUGACUCCAGAAAGUAUUUCAAGUGGGAAGCCCGUUACUAUAAGGUACAAAAGCAGAAAGUAUAAAGGGUUUAGUUUCGACACCGAUGUGACGAUUCCGGGUACUAGGAUAACUGGAAUCAAUUUACCAGUAAUAGCAGUUAAAAAACAAUCGGCAAGUCUGGUUGGUAUUGGUGGAAACCCCGAUCAAGGAGUAUUUGGAAUUGGCUACUCCUCGUUGUCAGAUCAUCAUUCACGAGUCACUGCGAUAGAUGCUUUGUACAAUGGUGGUGUCAUUACUAAUAACGAGGUUGGCCUUGAACUAUGUCCGUAUAAAAUGCUUUCAAAAAGCUCCAUCAAUAUAGGAAAUAUGGAUGUAACUCCAAAAUGUGGAACGGAUGGAAGGAGUGUUGCAUGGGUAGACUCACCAACAAACGAUCAGUUUACUGUCAAUAUCAAGAGUAUACUAGUCAAUGGCGAACAAGUGGAUCUACCCAAGGAAUUUCAAAAGCAUAUAUUAAAGAAUGGUCAUACUUUGUACUCAUAUCUACAAACAUGCUUUGUAUAUAUGUAUUUUCCUAGAGUAGUCGUGGAAACGCUGGUUGCUGCUAUUGUUGGUAGUGAUGCGAUCACUGUCAAAAAGACUAAAUCCAAACACAAGCACAAGCUCAGCAAAACAGAAAUUAAAAAAAUAUUUUGGGAAAACCGUCUAAUCCUCAAAUCCAAACUUAGUAUCAAUUGGGACAGGAUGCCAACGAUUUCAAUUACAAUGUUUGCUGAAAACCCCGUGACUGAUGACAAUCGCAACUCCGUUGUAACGAUCACACUGGGUCCUAGAGACUAUCUACAGAGAUAUGAUUCUAAAUAUGUUAGAUUUAUUGUAGAAGCUGGUCCAAAUGAAAAUGCAGCUCUUGGUAUACCAUUUAUGAACCGACUUAGAUUGGUAUUUGAUCGACAAAAUAAACGCAUUGGGCUUGGUCCUGGAUGUGGAUGCGAAGCCGUGACUGAUGGAUAUCCUACUAUUUCGAAUGCUGAUCAGGUGCUCUGGCCAUUACCACAAUUGCCUAAACAACCAAGCGGUUCAAGUUCAGGUGACACAUCUACUCUCAGGAGAUCAUUUUCGCGAUUUGGUAGUACUCUCCGUGAUAGUAUUCGUCGUAGUAUUGGUAUGAUGUACGUUAGGACUCUUGGUGGUAACAAUCAUCAACUACAACUGAUCAAGUAG